AUGGGGAUUAACGACCUAUGGGCUGUACUAUCGCCCGGGUUUAGCGAAAGAGUCGCAUUCCCUCUCUGGGUGUCUAGGUUUGUAGAAGAGUUUAACAGACCACCUAGAAUUGCAAUAGACGGAUUUAUGCUCCUCUUCCAAUCCAAGCACCUGGCACUUUCAGAGUGGACAGAUGAGGCAAUAAUAAGAAUGUUUUUAGCAAAAUUGGUGUAUUUCAGCUCGUAUAAUGUAACAUAUGUAGUUGUAUUCGAUGGGAAUGAAAAACCUUCGAAACAUGGGGAGAACUUUGUAGGAACUGAUAUGAAUGCAUUGGAUGAUCUCGGAUGCACCCCGCCAUUUAAUAGUGACAUACUAUGGAAAUUGAAAGCAGCAUUGGUGCAAUACUCUAUAAGCUUUAUUCAGUGCCCUGGUGAGGGUGAGGCUGAAUGCGCUAUGCUUCAAAAGACGCAGGUGGUGGACUAUGUAGUCAGCAAUGAUGUCGAUAGCUUGGUUUUCGGCGCUACCAAAAUGUUGAGAAAUUUCAGUCGGUUCAAAGAUGAUAAACCUGCUUCUGCUGCAGGAAUUGAUGGAGGUGCUGGUAACUUUUACGUUACUCCUGUGCAUAUGAACUUGGUAGGUGAGAGAACUGGUUUAGAUUAUGCUAGACUUAUACUUAUUGCAACAAUUCGAGGUGGUGAUUAUUCUAGUGGUGUUGACAAUAUCGGAAUUGCAAGAGCUGUAAAAAUAGCAUUGUGUGGCACAUCAUUUGCUUCCUUUUAUCACCGAUCACCCACCAAGAUAGAGGCAAAAGAAAUCAAGAAAGGGAUAUCUAUGAUACGGUCUGAUCCACUACCUGAUUUUAGUAGGAUUUUAUUGGACUGCUUUGUUGAUCCUCUAGCACCAGGGAGAGUAAGGCCCGCAAAUCAGAGGGAGGCAAGGGUGGAGAAAUUCUUGGAGUUAUUAAAUUGGAAUAUAUUGGAAAGAUCGAGGGAUAUUUUCGAGAGAAAGGCUUCAAAUUUAAACAACUUAUCAAUAGAUGAGUCUUUUACAAUCUUGUACUUAUUCCCGAGUGUCUCAAAGUCAAAAUAUCUAUUUAAACCUGAUCGAUAUAACUAUGGUGACGAAUCGGUGAACCAAGUGAUUCCGUCUGAUAGGUUCGAUUUCAAUAUUAAGUACCUAAUUUUAAAGCUUUUAAGUCAUUUCGAAAGAGUUUCUGAAUUGAAAGAAACAAUAAGGAUUGCAAGAAGUAAAGUUAUUGAAGGUUCUCAGUAUGUAAUGGUGAAAUAUCAAGCUGCCAAAAUUGAAGAAUUAAUUUACCCCAGUAUAAAGAUGAGCCAGAAUGAUGAAAUAUUAGAUAAUCAAGUCGAAGCAGAGGAAGAAGAUGAAGGAAGAGCCAAAUUUGGAGCAGAAGUACUUGAUGAAGCGAAAAGAGCGAACGAAAAAAGUAUAUGGAUUCCCUGUAGUCUAGUAAACUUAAUCAACCCUAGUCUCUUGUCGGAUUAUCAAAUUGACCUAGAUAAGAAAAAAGAGAAAAGAAUAUCUCCAAAGAAGACAGCUCCUCUCCAAAAAACUACACUUGACCUGCUAUUCAAGAGAAGAGAAACUAGCACAGCGAACUCCAUCAAAUUUGAAAGUCAAGAAGUAAUGACGGCUGAUGAGGGGCUGAAAUCUCGUACUGAAAAUAUAAUUACUGACUUCGAUUUUAAAAAGGAACAAAGUCUACAGGAUGGAGGGAUUAUAAAUCGUCAAGACCCUCAGAAGGAGGAAAAUUCUAAAACAGAGCUGACAAAAGCGGCAUCAGUUGCUCGUAAGGUAUCACCAGUCCGUAAGAAGAGAAGUCCAAGAAAGAAAAUAUUGCUUCCUGGUCAAUCUUUGGUCACAUCAUUUUUUUCAGCUAAGCAGGAAGAGCAGCAGGAGUCAAAGCAGGAUAUACUAGUGGAAGAGGAUCCAUUUUAUUCAAAACCGCUCUUCAUUGAUUCUGAUUCUGAUGACGAAAUCAAACUUAGACCAAUGACCGCUCCUAGUUUAGCUUACAGCAUUCCAUCACUUAAACCGAAGAGACUUAUUUCGUCAGCUGGACUGGCAGAAGUAAGUCCAUCUAAAAAGCAACACUCUCUCCAACUUUCUCCUGAUAAUUCUCCUGAGAAAGCUUCAAAAGAAGAGAUUCCAACAGUUACGAUUUCUCCUCUUAAAAGGAGGAAAUAA